CGGGGGCCGAACUCAACCACCAGCGCAGCCCUUCGGAGACACACCAGGGGAGCGGGGAAGAGGAGACAGAAAACUACAAGGCAGAGAAACAUCAUGAUGAAGCUUCAAGUUGCCUGCGUGAUUCUCAUCCUCGUCAUCACUGCUCAAAACUCCUGCUGCUUCCAGGGCCAGACAGCAAAUCCUGCUGGUUUGUUAACGCAACAGAUGGAACCCAAAGAAGAAACUCAGGGUCUGCAGGCCCUGCUCCGGAGAGCCAAGCGCCACAACGCCCACUUCCCCAUCUGCACCUACUGCUGCAAGUGCUGCCGGAACCAGGGCUGCGGCUUCUGCUGCCGCACCUGAGCCAGCCGGCCGGACGCGGCCGGACCACAGCAGCGCUCGGGGGCGCCGUCCCUCCAGCCGCGGCCAGCCCGGCUCCCCCGCUGCCCCCAGCACUGCUGCCUCUCACCCCGCCGCACCCUGCCCCGCCCCCGCCUUAUUUAUUGCUCCGUUUGCGUCUCGCUUUUUGUUAUUGGACAUUAAAUGUGGUUUUUAAAGUCA